GCGCGCGGAGCCAGCCUAGGAAGCUGCCCGGCCGAGGGGGCCGCCUAGCGCCUCCUUGCACUUCCCAAGUGCAGACGGAGCGGUCGCUCGCUGGCUCGCGGGAGACGUCAGUGGCCAGGCACAGGCAAAGAGGGACCUUCAAACUCCUCCUCGGCUCUCCUCUCCACCCCCUUCUGGCCCCUGCCCUUGGAGAAAGUAGAGUGUGGCGCUAGGCUUGGCGUUUCAUUUCUUCGCACUGCCUGGCGGUGGCCACAUUCAGCCGCUGCCCAGCGGGGCUCUUCUGCGGUCCGCGCGUCUCUCCGCGACGUUGCUUCCCGGCACUGCACACCUCUGUCUACGAUGAGGAAAGGUCUGCGGGCGACAGCGGCCCGCUGCGGACUGGGACUAGGAUACGUGCUGCAAAUGCUCGUGCUACCUGCCCUGGCCCUGCUCAGCGCCAGCGGCACCGGCUCCGCGGCUCAAGAUGAUGAUUUUUUCCAUGAACUUCCAGAAACAUUUCCAUCUGACCCCCCAGAGCCAUUACCACACUUUCUCAUUGAGCCUGAAGAAGCUUACAUUGUGAAGAACAAGCCCGUGAACCUGUACUGUAAAGCCAGCCCUGCCACUCAGAUCUAUUUCAAGUGCAACAGUGAGUGGGUUCAUCAGAAGGACCACAUAGUAGAUGAAAGAGUAGAUGAAACUUCUGGUCUCAUUGUGCGCGAAGUGAGCAUUGAGAUUUCACGCCAGCAAGUGGAGGAACUGUUUGGACCUGACGACUACUGGUGCCAGUGUGUGGCCUGGAGCUCAGCAGGCACCACAAAGAGCCGGAAGGCGUAUGUUCGCAUCGCCUAUCUCAGGAAGACUUUUGAACAAGAGCCACUGGGAAAGGAAGUAUCUCUGGAGCAGGAAGUCUUACUCCAGUGUCGGCCACCAGAAGGGAUUCCAGUGGCCGAGGUGGAAUGGUUGAAAAACGAAGACAUAAUUGAUCCUGUCGAAGAUCGGAAUUUUUAUAUUACCAUUGAUCACAAUCUCAUCAUAAAACAGGCCCGCCUCUCAGAUACUGCCAAUUAUACCUGUGUUGCCAAAAACAUCGUUGCCAAAAGGAAAAGCACAACUGCCACAGUCAUCGUCUAUGUUAAUGGUGGCUGGUCCACUUGGACAGAGUGGUCUGUGUGUAACAGCCGCUGUGGAAGAGGGUAUCAGAAACGUACAAGGACCUGCACCAACCCAGCCCCACUCAAUGGUGGGGCCUUCUGUGAAGGACAGAGCGUGCAGAAAAUAGCAUGUACUACCUUAUGCCCAGUGGAUGGCAGGUGGACCUCGUGGAGCAAGUGGUCUACCUGUGGGACCGAAUGCACCCACUGGCGCAGGAGGGAGUGCACAGCACCAGCCCCCAAGAAUGGAGGAAAGGACUGUGAUGGCCUUGUCCUGCAAUCCAAGAACUGCACGGAUGGGCUGUGCAUGCAGAGUUUUAUUUACCCUAUUUCAACUGAACAGAGAACCCAGAAUGAAUAUGGAUUUUCUUCUGCUCCUGAUUCUGAUGAUGUUGCACUCUAUGUUGGCAUUGUGAUAGCCGUGAUAGUUUGCCUGGCCAUUUCUGUUGUGGUGGCUCUAUUUGUGUAUCGGAAGAAUCACCGUGACUUUGAGUCUGAUAUUAUUGACUCUUCAGCACUCAAUGGGGGCUUUCAACCUGUGAACAUCAAGGCAGCCAGACAAGAUCUUCUAGCAGUACCCCCGGACCUCACAUCAGCUGCAGCCAUGUACAGAGGGCCUGUCUAUGCUCUUCAUGAUGUCUCAGACAAAAUCCCCAUGACCAAUUCUCCAAUUCUGGAUCCACUACCCAACUUGAAAAUCAAAGUGUAUAACACCUCUGGAGCUGUCACUCCUCAAGAUGAUCUCUCCGAAUUCACAUCCAAGUUGUCCCCCCAAAUGACCCAAUCCUUACUGGAGAAUGAGGCCCUCAACAUGAAGAAUCAGAGUCUUGCCAGACAGACUGACCCAUCCUGCACAGCAUUUGGUACCUUCAAUUCUCUUGGGGGUCACCUCAUUGUUCCUAACUCAGGAGUAAGCUUGCUGAUUCCUGCUGGGGCUGUUCCCCAAGGGAGAGUCUAUGAAAUGUAUGUGACUGUACACAGGAAAGAAAAUAUGAGACCCCCCAUGGAAGACUCCCAGACAUUGCUAACCCCUGUGGUGAGCUGUGGGCCUCCAGGAGCCCUGCUGACCCGCCCUGUCAUCCUCACUCUACAUCACUGCGCAGAUCCCAACACAGAGGAUUGGAAAAUCCAGCUCAAGAACCAGACGGUGCAGGGACAGUGGGAGGAUGUGGUGGUGGUUGGAGAGGAAAACUUCACAACCCCCUGCUACAUUCAGCUGGACGCAGAGGCCUGCCACAUUCUCACAGAGAGCCUCAGCACAUACGCCCUCGUUGGGCAGUCCACCACCAAAGCAGCCGCCAAGCGCCUGAAACUGGCCAUCUUUGGCCCCCUUUGCUGCUCCUCCCUGGAGUACAGCAUCAGAGUCUACUGCCUCGAUGACACACAGGAUGCCCUGAAGGAAGUUUUACAACUCGAGAGACAAAUGGGAGGACAGCUCCUGGAGGAACCUAAGGCUCUUCAUUUUAAAGGCAGCAUCCACAACCUGCGUCUGUCCAUCCACGACAUUGCCCAUUCGCUCUGGAAGAGCAAACUCCUCGCUAAGUAUCAGGAAAUUCCAUUUUACCAUAUUUGGAGUGGCUGUCAAAGAAAUCUCCACUGUACCUUCACUCUGGAGAGACUUAGCCUGAACACAGUGGAGCUGGUUUGCAAACUCUGUGUACGGCAGGUGGAAGGGGAAGGGCAAAUCUUCCAGCUCAACUGCACAGUGUCAGAGGAACCCACGGGCAUCGAUUUGCCACUGUUGGACCCUGCCAGCACCAUAACCACUGUCACAGGGCCAAGUGCUUUCAGCAUCCCUCUCCCUAUACGGCAGAAGCUGUGCAGCAGCCUGGAUGCCCCACAGACAAGGGGCCAUGACUGGAGGAUGCUAGCCCACAAACUCAAUCUGGACAGGUACUUGAAUUAUUUUGCCACCAAAUCGAGCCCAACUGGUGUAAUCUUGGAUCUCUGGGAAGCACAGAACUUCCCAGAUGGAAACCUGAGCAUGCUGGCAGCUGUCCUGGAAGAAAUGGGAAGACAUGAAACAGUCGUGUCGUUAGCAGCAGAAGGGCAGUAUUGACUACAAUGUAACUGAAAACGAAGGACAAAAAUAUGCACCAAGUCUGUGUCCAGGGGAAACACAGCUGAGGAGGAAAUCCAGACAGGACCAAGGAGCUUCACAGGCAAGAUGGCCCGGAGAGGCGGAGAACAGAUACAACCACCCACAAAGACCACAUUCAUUCGGACAACACCAUGGGAGUUAAGGGAAAAAAAAAAAUGUGUAAAUUUGUACCUUGAAUUUAGAAAUCAAUCUAAUUUUCCUCUUAGUUGGGCUGUAUGCUAUAUGGUACAGGAUCUUACGGUUUCCUAGGAAACGCUUUUUAUUGCUAUCCAGAUAUAUGGAUAAACUUUCUUAACAAACCCAAUUUCUACAAAUGUUGUUUACAUCAAAAUGGACAGGGAUGCAGACACUGUCCAUGGCUCGUUCUAUUUUUGUUCAACCCCUUUGAAGUUGAAGCUGUGGGCUAUUCAGUGUGUCUAUCCCAGAGUAGUAAUUUACAGAGAAAUCACUGACUUUUGCUACAAAUCUUGUACAUCAGGUGUCUCAGAUAAUUCUCCCAUCAAUGUUCUGUUUCUAAAACUUGUAGAACCAGUGUUGACAUUUGUAUCAGGGAAGUGAAGAAUCUCAAUGUAAAGAGACUGUCUAACAGACGCCUCGGGCCUUGGGGGAACCUAUUUGGUGCCCUUUGGGAAUAGAGCUGUAGCAUUGCAGGGAAGACAAUGAGUCAUGUUCCACCACACAAACAUUUCUCCAUGACAUGUGUAUUUGUAAUAUGCAAUUUCAAGUGUUUUUCUAAAGGUAUUAUUAUCAUUAUGGGUGAGUAUUACAAAUAUUCUAGUAAAAGGAUUUUCUGUUAAUUUCUAUUUUAGUUAGAAAUACUGUUAGUAUUUGGUAUUGACUAGACUUGCCUCCCUUUCUCACAUAAAAAAGGUGGAUGUGGUCACCAGUUUGAUAGGCAUUCUUGAGCGUUAAUUUUUCACCCACCAUUCUGUGUGAGAAGGGUGUUGAAUAUGCACUGCUACGUCGAUCUGUUCUUGCAGCUUGCUCAGAGUCUUUCUUCUCUGGGUUGAAUCAGGUGAAGGGUUCCCUACGUGAUGUCACCUAAUCUUGUAGCUCUGAGACCCCACUGUACUGUGUCUACUUGAGGGGCAGUGUGGUUGGGAACAGGGCUCAGAACCAGGAAUCAGGAACACAGUCCUCAUUGUGGAGACGGCACUGUCUAGCUGUGCCACCUUGGGAAUGACACUAAAUCUCACUGAAGCUGUUUCCUUACCUGUAAAAUGUAGGUAGGGUUAGAUCAUGCCAAGGUUCCAGAAUGCUGAAUUCCCACUGUGAUAUAUCCAGUGUGAUUGGUCAAUGUGACGAGCAUGAUGGGCUCCAACCAGGAUCAUUUACUCAGCCAGCCUUUUACCUAGGUUGCAUUACAGCUUGCAAAUAGCUUUAACUUGGAAGAGAAUUACUCUAAACUACAAAUAUUUGUUCUUUUCUCUUUGUGUCCUUUUAUGAUGCUGUUCACUAUGAUAUAUCGUCCCUUUUAUCGUUGUCUUGUCCUCCCAUGGAGCCCUUCCCCUCUAGCCAUCACGACUAGUUGUAAAUUCUGCUUUACUCUGGUCUUGCUGUCACAACCACUUCUAUAAGCUCAUCUAGCUAUGAGAACUUAGUCUGUUGCUUUCUUCCUUAAUCUUUGCUUUAAUCCCAUUCAUUGAUGUUUAUAAAGUUUAUUUAAUUAGCCCCCUUUGAAGACAAAAUGUUAGUCAGUUGUGCACUCUGUGAAGUUUCGUUGGGCUCAUCACAGGCUUUUUGCCUUAAUAAAGGGUUUCCAUUUUGCAGAUGGAGAAGAAAAAGUUAGCAUCUCCAUACUCAAGCCUAGACUGAACAAGAAGCACCCAUAUGCACAAAUCAGAACCUUCAAUGGAAGACUGCUCUAGGUUUCUGACUAGAUUUCAACUACAGUUUGUUUUCUACCUUUUCUCCCAUUUUCCAACAUCUGUUUCCUCCCCUAUUCAGUUACUUCUUGAUCCCCUCCAUCCUUGUCAUUGAUGCAUUGUGCACACUGUGCUGUGAAAGCUCUUCUUGCAUGACACUUAUUUUUUCUCUUUGCAAUAUAUGUUCUAUAAUCUCUUUCUCUGACUAUCCCAUGUAUUAGAACUUCUAUAUAUAAAAACACUGCUUCCACUAACAGCAGAAGGGAGAAACUGGACUAUUAAGUACUUUCAAGGGAUGAUGUCUAUCCCAAAAAGCUUUUUCUAAUUCAAAACUUUAAACGGACAUUUUUAAGGCAAUAUGAGAAAAGAGUUAUUGUUUAUUAUUGCCUCUCAAUAUAAAUAUAUCAUGAUUGGGGAAUUUGCAAUAGAAAUCAAUAAUCAGAAAUCUGAAUUGGAUGUUCAAAGGACCUUCUAUGUCUCAUGAGAAAUAGAUGGACUUAUGCUGGUUAUUCAAAUCCAAAACUUUUACUCAACUCUUUAUUAAAUGUUAUCAACACGGAAAUAUUGACUAUAACCAGAACAAUAUUAUUGAAGCUAUUUAGAGAACUUAAGGUGCAUUUCAGAUUUCAGAUUCUUUUCUUGUUCUCACCACAAGAAAAGAGAGGGAUGAUUCUUCAUGAGGUAAUCCUCUGUCAGAGAACUCUAUUCUAUUUUCUAUCAUGUGAAUGGCAGCUUCCGGACUACAACAUACCAUGUAUCAAAUAAUUUUCACAAAGAAUUCUGCUUUCCUUCUCCUUUGGAGGAAAGUAAUAGCUGUUAGAUUGUUCUGCAACUUAAAUGGUCCACAUACAACAGUUCAUUCCAGAAGGAGCCACAUCAUCAAGCACCUGUAUGUUUACAUCCUGCUUAUGAGGAAAGCUGAUCUUCCUUCAGGUAGAGGGAAAUUAUCCUUCGUGAAUGGUGCCAUCUAGUGGUCUGUAACGAAAUCAUUCUGCAUUUAGUUAAACCUAUCACUAAGUUGUUUGACAAAGGGAUUGAGUGCCUAUUAGCAUUCCACAGGACCUUUAUGACAAAUGUCAGAAAUUUUCACUUUGUGUAUUAUUUUCUCAUUAUCUCAUUUUUUCACCUAAAUCAUCCAUUUCAAAAUUUUGAGUAUACUAACUUGUUAAAACACAUGUCUUAUAUUGUAUUCUUAUAAUAUAUAAAAAUCAAUGUUAAAGUCUUUGAAAGUUGUUAUUUUUUAAGUUUAUGAAUUCUAUUGGGUUUUCAUACUUAAACUCUCUGUUCUUUUAGCUCAACAAUAUUUAUCUUUAGAAAUGCAAGGUGUAUCUGCUUAGAAAAAAAAUCUCUUUUCUCCUGACCCCUUUGGGUUUGUUGUUGUUGUUGGUAUUUGAGACAUGUUCUUGCUAUGUAGCCCAGGAUAGCUUCAAACUCUUUAUCAUCCUGUCAGAGUAUCUCAAGUGCUGAGACCACAAGCCUGCAUCAUUGUGUCUGGUGGUGUCUAAUGUAUGCAAAGGAGAAAGCUAUGGCUAAGGAAUGGAUAAUUGGGGCUGUUGAAUAAGAACAAUGAUCUGAUCAAGAUAUUGAUUUUUUGAUUGGAAAUGUAAAGGCAGAAGUCUUGUGCUAUUUUCAUGUCCUUCUCCCCCAAAUUUUCUCAAAGUAGUCUGUAAGGAAUGAGGUUGGAUUCUGCUAAUAUCGGUAACCAGUGGUGACAAGCAUGUGUGACACUAUGGAACUCAGAAGUUACAGCUUUUCACAAACAUCUCCCAAAGUGACACUCAGCUAUGCUGAACAGAGUCCCACCCUCUCAUGAGCAAUUUAAUAUCUUCAUGGGAAGGAUAAUUUGGGGCAGCAAGGUGUCCAGCAUUAUUAAACAUUUUCAUAUGUAUUAUUAACUUAUAGAUUAUAAUCUCUCCACUAUAAGAGUAGAGCUGUUUUAGGGCAAGUCGCUGCACUCAGGAUACUUUGGAAACUAGGCAUCCAGUGAUGGGUUUUAGAAACCUUUGUACUAAAAAUAAGGAAGGUUGAAAGCAACAUGCAGAGGGUAGAAUCCAGACAUUUCACUUCUAGAGAAGACAGACUCUUAUCUUACAUCUUUCUGAGGGUCUCUGUUGGGGACACAGCAACUGUGCUCCUAGGCCACUAAAAUCUAUGUAGUCAGUAGAUGUAUGGUGAUGGUUCCUUUCCAGAAUCCACAGGCCUUUGCUUCCAUAAACUCCACCUCCUGGUGAUAAUUAAUAUUAAACUAAAGGACACUGGAGAAUGUGUGGAGAAGGUAGAAAAGGUUUUCAGUCUUCAAGCUGAAUGUAGACAUCAGUGGUGUGCAGUUAUUUUGGACAAGUAAUCCAUUUCACCUGAAGACUCAGUGCAAGUCCAGUGGAAGAAAAGAGGACCACAGAAACACAGCUCGUGGAACUAGGUCUUAGCCAUCUUCUUUGAGAAUACACAAGCUUUUCUGAAUUAGAACACCAUUGUUCAAACCAAGUAUUUAUAAAGAUAAUUGCCAAUGAACAUUUGAUUUUAUAGAUCCAAUAAGAAAAAUAUUUUUUAUUAUUAUCUCAAGGUAAUAAAAUGGCUUUUGCCUUCUGAGUGCCUCAUGGGACCAACUAUUAUAUUUCUUCUUUAAUUUUGUAUCAUUUUGUAUUUUUAAAGCAGAUGAAGCUAAUGUUGACUGAAAUCCUUACAACGUUUCCUCUGUAUAAUAUUGUUUCUCUACCCUAGGAGAUCUGGUUUUAUCACUUGUGAUUAUAGUGAUCACUUUGAAAGUUCCCCUUACAUCUCUAAUGAUUUUCAGUAGAAAUAAGAAAUAUGGGGGAUAAGUAUGUUAUCAUAAUUUUAAGUUCAUAAACAUAUAAGCCGGAUGAAGUCAUAAACAUUUCUAGAAUUUUGGCCAGGAAGCUCAUUUGUGAUACAUGAGAAUAUGAUGUGCAUGUACCUGGGCUGAGUUUCUCUGCCAACUCACCAUGAAGUUCCUGACCCUUUAGUCUCAUUAAUCAAUCACUUGGCUGCCCACUUUUUUUUUUUUUCCAGAAGACCUACUAUAAUGGUCGCUAGUUAAAAGUUCAUAUCUCAUAGGUAUCCAGUGGGCUUAGCUCUUUCUUAUAUUGCUAUAUGAUGGAAUAUUAAUGGGGCACAUUCAACCAAUGUGUUGUUUGUCUUAUGCCUAUUUUGGCAUGGCUAGGAGGCAUCACCAGGACAAAAUAACAAGAGUAUUUCACAAAUGUACUAGCACACAAAGCAAAUAAGAUGUAAGGGGCUAUUUCCCAGUCCUCAGUAUGCUCAGACUACUGAAAACUGAAGGAUUCUAUCCAUAGAUCAUCCAGAAUGCUGAACUGGAAGACACUGCAGUGUAUAAUGACUGCCACAGCCCAGCCCACUAGUUGAAUAGAAAACACGUCAGUGCCAUGAUAUAUAAGCAACCAACCAGCAGCCAUAUUAUUUUCUAUGGUAUACCAGGGUUUUAUUAUACCAUUUCAGAUAUGUGAUUUAGCAGAAUUAUAAAUUGCAGGCCCCUUACAUUUAGGGUCUCUUACAAUUAAGCCUAAAUCUUGUGUUAUCCUUAAAUUCCAAAGGCAUUCUGCUGUGGAGCCUGAUGACAUCCUAGCUACAGUGGGAUCUUGAAAUGUGGGCAGCUUGCACUGAUGAGCAGCCUAAGAGUUGGUGAAAUAGUGACCUGUGAGCCUUGGUAUGUGGUGACAUAACUGAAUCAUGAUCUAAGCUAAGCUAGAUGUUGAAAGAAAGCUGUUUGCAAACAGUAUAAGAAGCAAGAAGUCUACGAGUAGAAAUGACAUGUCAUUUUGUGUUCCUAUAGUCAUUAAAGACACCUGCAGAUAUACAGAUAUAAACUUAAACGUACUGUCCUCUAGAGCUUGGAGAAGAAAAAGGACCACUUGAUCACAUGAUCUGCAUCCUUUCAUUUACUCUUUUCUAGAUCUACUAUGGGUAGUGAAGCCCUCACCCUCCAGAUGAUGUGUUUAGACCAGUCACAGGGAACCUCAUUACUGUGUGUGUGUGUGUUGGAUGUCAUAGUGUUGUAUGUAUUGAGUUUAAUGUUGAGCUGUAGCAAGCUGAUCACCUUCCUCUUUGUUCUAAAGAAGAUAAGCAGUGUUUAUUAGAGGACAAUCCCCAGCUGUCUGUUCAAGAGGCUGGGUCAUCCUCCUGCUGUGUUCUUUGGAACAGUUCAACUGCAGAAAUGUCAGGUUGGGGUUUUAUGCUUUGUCAUUUUUCUUUGUGAAGGAAAACACAACCUUGGCUUCUCAGAUACGGAAUGCUUCUGUGGUUGUUGUGAAAUUCCCUCUUGUUGUAUCUUCUAUGCAAUUCCUUAAAAACCCCUGAUGGUGCAAGGAGUGCUCCAUGGCACUGUGCCCGCCAAGUGUGGUGGGGUGAGGGAUACUAGCUCUGGGUGUGCCUCUCUUCUCUCCCUGGCUGCCUUGCCCAGUUUUUCCCGCAGUCCCUUGGUUUGUAAAUUGCCUGCAUUUAUUCUGUCAGCCAACAUGUACAAAGUGUAAGAAAGAAUUUUUAAAUAGGUAAUAAAUUAUAUUUAUAAGCAA